AUGGUUGUUGAAAAUCAAAGACCUGUCAUUCAAGAUGAAAAUGCAUUACAAUCAAAUGCUCGUGUAACAAGAUCAAAAACUUCAUCUGUGUUGGACACCAAACCUUCAAAUACAUUUUCAUCACUUCCACAGAGGAGAGCUGCAUUAUCAAACUUGACAAAUUCAUCAUCUGGUGUAUCAAAACCAAAACUUACGUCUAAAAAAUCUAAAACUUCACAAACCCAACAACAACAACAAGUUCAACCUACAAUCAUAAUUGAAGAAGAUCAAGAUGCAGAAUCAGUUGUAGAGAUACAGGAUCCUCAAGUACAAAAACAAUUACAACAACAACAACAAUCUAGAGCUCAAUUGAAAAGAUCUGCUACAGAAUCUUUAUCAAAUGUUGAUGAAGAUGAAUCUACAAAAUUGAAAACUCAAAAUAAUAACAAGAAGGCUAAAAUAGAAUAUGAAUGGAAAGAUCUUGAUUCUGAAGAUGCUGAUGAUCCAUUAAUGGUUAGUGACUAUGUUGAUGAAAUUUUUGAAUAUUUACAUCAAUUAGAAAUUGAAACUUUACCUGAUUCAACUUAUUUAUCAUGGCAAAAAAAUUUAAAACCUAAAAUGAGAUCAAUUUUAGUUGAUUGGAUUGUGGAAGUUCAUUUACGUUUUAGAUUGUUACCUGAAACUUUAUUCUUGGCUAUAAAUAUAAUGGAUAGAUUUAUGUCAAAAGAAAGUUUAGAAGUUGAUAAAUUACAGUUAUUAGCCACAGGAUCUUUAUUUAUUGCAGCAAAAUACGAAGAAGUUUAUAGUCCAAGUGUUAAAAAUUAUUCUUAUGUUACAGAUGGUGGUUAUACUGAAGAUGAAAUUUUGGAAGCUGAAAGAUUUAUUUUACAAGUUUUAAAAUUUAAUUUAAAUUAUCCAAAUCCAAUGAAUUUCUUAAGAAGAAUUUCUAAAGCUGAUGAUUAUGAUAUUCAAACAAGAACUAUAGGGAAAUAUUUGUUAGAAGUUACAAUUAUGGAUCAUAGAUUUAUUGGUAUUAAACCUUCUUUAUGUUCAGCUGCUGCUAUGUAUGUUUCAAGAAGAAUGUUAGGUAGACCUGAUUGGGAUGGUACUUUAACACAUUAUUCUGGAGGUUAUACAAAAGAUGAUAUGAAACAUGUUGUUGAAUUAAUAUUGAGUUAUCUAACUAAACCAGUUGUUCAUGAAGAAUUCUUUAAAAAAUAUGCAUCUAAAAAAUUUAUGAAAUCUUCAAUUUUAGCAAGACAAUGGGCUAAAAAGAUAGAGGCUGAAUGUAUUGAUAUAAUGGAAGAUGAAGAAUAA